AUGGAGCAGCGCAGGGAGCAGCGGGAGUCCAGCCGGAGGGUCUUCACCAGCAGCGGGAGCAGCAGGAUAAAGCAGCAGAAAUGGGACACCGCUUCCCAGGGAGGGCAGGACGUCCAGACAGCAGCUGCUGCCAUAGAAACCAACACAUCUGCCUCCAGUCAGUCACUGGUCAGCUGGACCAAUCAGCCGUCCAACCAGACGUCCUACAGCCUGGAGAGGACAGUAAACGUCUCACGAACCCUCAACUCUGACCAAUCAUCUGCAGUCAUGGCAUCACCUAGUCAAAUGUCAUCCACACCAUCUGGCCAAUCGACAAUCACCACAAUAACAUCUAGCCAAUCACCAACCACGACAGCACACACCAGCCAAUCAUCAACAACCACAGCACCAUCUGGCCAAUCGACAACCACCACAGUAACAUCCAUCCAAUCAUCAACAACCAGCCAAUCACCAAUGACCACAGCAGCAUCUAGCCAGUCUCCAACCUCCGCAACAACAUUCAAACACUCACCAGCUAAAACAACUGAACCCAACCAGUCACUAAGCAGCGCAACAUCAGCGAGCCAAUCAUUAGAGGAGCGUCCAGUUAAUGUUUCCCUGCUCACCAGGCAGGCAAAGGAAGCCCUGAGGGCGUCGUUUCCUCGGAUUCCAGGAGAUCCGUGUGCGUUUCCCUGUCUGAACGGAGGCCAGUGUGUUCAGUUGGAGUCGUGUGACUGCAGCAUGUAUCAGGCCACAGGUCACAGAUGUCAGACAGUUCCAAACACCGGCUUCGAGCGGGAGAUGACGUGUCGGUCGUGGGGUCAGUACAACUUUGAGACCUUCGACGGCCUCUACUUCUACUUCCCCGGCCGAUGCACCUACACUUUACUGAGGGACUGUGAGGAAACCACGCAGGCCGGCAUGGUCGUACAGGUCCACAAUGAUCCCGGCUGUAGCUCCGCCCCCUACACCUGCCAGCGCUCCGUCAGCCUCUUCCUGCCGUGGGAAGGCGAAGUCCGGCUGCACGCCACCAACGUGACCUUCAAAGGCCAAAUUCUGCAGCUGCCUCAUCACAUCCACGACCUGCAGCUGGAGCAGAUCUCCCAGUACGUCCUGGUGACGCAGCAGCACGGCUUCACGCUGGCCUGGGAUGGUCGCAGCGGCUCCGUCUACAUCAAACUCAGCCCGGAGUUUGUGGGAAGAACCUGCGGCCUGUGCGGUAACUUCAACGCCGACGUCCAGGACGACCUGAAGACGAGCUACGGUGUGCUGACUCAUGAAAUAGAAAUGUUUGGGAACAGCUGGGUGGAGGCGGAUCCGCACCAGGACAGAUGUCCCACGGUGUCUUCUGGUUUCGCUUCACCUUGCGCCGCAGUCGAUGCUCAAGUCCUGCUGAAAGUGGACGAGGUGUGUGCCAUGCUGCUGGAGCCGCCAUUUCAGAGCUGCCACGAGUUUGUGAGCCCACUGUCCUACAUGGCCAGCUGCUCCAACGACCUCUGCAUGUCGGGUCCCAACGGCGAUGUGGUAUGCCAGGUGUUCAGCGAGUACGCCCGGGCCUGCGCCCAUGCUGACCACCCACUGCACGACUGGAGGCAGCACAUUCCUCAGUGUGCGAAGCAGUGUCCUCUAGGACUGCAGUACAGAGAAUGCAUCAGCUGCUGCCCGGCGUCCUGCAACCUGGAGCGAACAUGCAUCGACAGCAAGCUGGCCUGUCUGGAUGGAUGCUACUGUCCUGAUGGUCUGAUCUAUGAGGAUGGAAGCUGUGUGACGCCAUCCGACUGUCCCUGCGAGUACCACGGCAUGUUUUAUCCAUCCGGACAGACGCUGCAGGAAGAAUGCAAUAACUGCACUUGCGUGGGUGGAGUGUGGAACUGCACCGACUACAGCUGCCCAGGCGAAUGCUCGGUGACAGGCGACAUGUACUUCCAGUCCUUCGACGGGCGGAUCUACACCUUCCCCGCCACAUGCCAGUACGUCCUCGCCAAAAGUCGCAGCUCAGGGAAGUUCACGGUCACCGUCCAGAACGCCCCCUGUGGAGCUAAUCUGGACGGGGCCUGCAUCCAAUCAGUUAACCUGGUUAUUGACGAGGAUCCAAGAACAGAGAUUACACUGAGUCACGUUGGAGAAGUCUUCAUGGCCGGACAGUACCGCAUCUCCCUGCCCUAUUCUGACGACAUCUUCCACAUCCAGGAGCUGUCGUCCAUGUUCCUGCAGGUGAGGACGGCGUUCGGCCUGCGGCUGCAGUACAGCUGGCGGGAGUUUCGCCUCUACCUGCAGGCCGACGAGCUGUGGAAGGACGACACGGUGGGGCUGUGCGGCACCUUCAACGGCAACAUUCAAGAUGACUUCCUGUCUCCAUCGGGGAUGAUAGAAAGCACUCCUCAGCUGUUUGGAAACGCCUGGAGGGUGUCGUCGGCCUGCUCGUCCAGCCUGAGCGCACCUCAGCUCGACCCCUGCGACACACACCAGCAGGCCGUGACCUACGCCUCAGAGAUGUGCGAUGUGCUGAACCAGGAUCUGUUCUCCGCCUGUCACGAGUACCUCAGUCCGACACCCUUCCACCAGCAGUGUCGCUCAGACACCUGUAAAUGUGGGACGCCCUGCCUCUGCUCUGCUCUGGCCCACUACGCUCGCCACUGCCGCCGAUUCUCCGUCAUCGUCGACUUCCGAUCGCACGUGCCCGACUGCGCCGCCACCUGUCCGGCCACCAUGCAGUACGGCACCUGUGUGUCCUCCUGCCAGCGUCGAUGCUCCUCCCUCUCCGUCCCGCAGCACUGUGGGGAGGAGUGUGAGGAGGGCUGCGUCUGUCCUCUGGGCUCCUUCUACAACCACCGAACACACACCUGUGUGCACAGGCGCGAGUGUCCCUGCAGUUUCCUCGGGGCAGAUUACGAACCAGGAGAUGUGAUCAUGACGUCAGCAGGUGUUCAGCUCUGUCUGAACGGCAAACUGGUGUCCCAAACCACAGACACGGAAAGGUUGUGUCCGGCUGGUCAGCUCUACCAGAACUGCUCAGAGGGGGAGGACGGCCUCCUGCCUGGAAGGGGCGUGGCCUGUGAGCGCACCUGUGAGUCCUACCUGCUCAACCUCACCUGCUCCACACACGAGCCCUGUGUGCCCGGAUGUAGCUGCCCUCCUGG